AUGAGGGGCCAACUCACAGCCAUAGGGUGGUAUGGCCUGUCUCUCCUUCCUCUUGUGAACGCUCUUGCUUUUCCCACGCCGGCUGCGACAUCUACAAUCGAUGCAACGAUACCAAAAACAACUCCUGAGCCUACCCAGGGGAUCGCCCUUGUCCACGGACUCUUCGCUCGAGAUGCUGAGCCUUCAUACCUGCCCGCUAGUGAAUGCGGUUUCUUUUCCAAUUCUUCCUCAAUCAACUUUUGCCAGGACAAUUGGGACUGUCUCUUCCAUGUCCCAAAUAAAGAAUACGGCGGCAUGCGAGGCUGCUGCCCUCGUACGUCGUCCGAAAGCUGCAUUGGAUUUGCCAGUACCUGCUACGGCAAGCACGAAGUAUCCGCAACGCCGUCCCUGCUCUCGAAAACCACCGAUCCCUAUGUGACAUUCUGCACGUUCAAAUCCUACCCCUAUUGUGGCCCUUAUACCUGGCCCGAAAUUGGAGCCGUUAGCUUUGACUGUGGCAACUUGGACGAUGGGACGACUACCGUUUACACCGCAUCAACGGAGACCGACGAUGACGACGACUAUACCCUGAUUCACGCCGUCUCUGUCAUGUAUAUCGACGACGACACGCUGAAGUCUAUCGCGAGUGUCAACCAGCCCACCUCAGUCUCGGCCACCACAACACCAGCCUCGAAAUCUACUAGCACACCCGUCUCGAGCUCGGACGCCUCCGACUCCGAUUCCGGGUCGUCUACGCCCACGGGGGCAAUUGUGGGUGGCGUUGUCGGCGGAGUUGUUGGCGCUGUGGGCCUCAUCGCUGCCGGCAUUUUCUUCUGGCUACUUCAGAAAAGGAAGAGGGCCGAUAAGUCUCCGCCUGCGUAUGAGCCUGCUGUCGAACAGGGACCGGCCGGCACAGGAUGGAAUUCACCAGGCAAAAAUGAGAUUCCUGAGCUGGAUCCCGCUGGUGUGGCGCCUGCUACGUAUGAGCUUCAAUCGAAGCCUGUUUAUGCAGAGCUGCCUGCGACGCCGACGAGGCCGGAACUGCCAUGA